AAGCAGUUUCGGCUCAAGGCAAGAGGCCUUGUUUUUUUUGUUUUUGCUGCAGCACUGUAGCCCGUUCAACCCAAGCAAUGGUUUUCGAGCAGAUUGCCAGCGCCGUCGAAGUCGGUGCAACGACCAGGUGCGAUCGCAUUCGCAGCCCAGUGGGCGUAUCGUGCUGCUGCGAAGAAUCAGAGUUGACGACGGUGACGCUCGAGAAGAAGGACCGAAACGAAAUGUUCGGCGUCCGCCUGGUCGACGCAGCUGAAGAGGACGAGGUUGGCCUGCUGAUUAUGUUCAUUCCCGACGGAGGUUUGCUGAGCAAGUGGAACGAGCGCAACGCAUCACAGGCGGUGGCCCCGGGCGACUGCGUCGUCGGGGUGAACGGCGCCACGGCGCCGUGGGCGAUCAUGGAGGAGAUGGCCAAAGACGACGACCGUGGAGAUGGCAGUCCGACGCGCCCCGCCGGGGGCGAUGGCCCUCUUGGAGCGCGCGCGCCACUGCGUCACGGACCGCUCCCUCAAGACCACCGCGCUCGUCGUGCAGCGCACGGUGCGGGCCGGCGACAUCUCGAUGGACUCCUGCGCCAUUUGCAUGGAGGACCUUCUGACGUCGAAGCCGACGAGCGGGUCGCCGGUCUCCAAUGCGGCCACGGUUUCCAUCAGCGCUGCAUCGUGCGGUGGCUGGCGCGCCAGGGAACCUCCGGGUGCCCGCUCUGCAGGGAGGUCGUCCAGUGAAGCCCCUGCCUGCGAGGCGGGCGCCUCCGGCGGAGGGCCGCGCGCCGCUGCGCCCGCGAGCGCCGGGCGCCGCGCGGACCCAUCCUGGGGGCCCCCGAUGGGAGGGGCCGGGCGCCGGGCCGCAAUUGCGACAGAGGGCGCGGCGGCGCCGUGGCCACGAAGCAGGGCGCUUGGGAAGAAGGGGGCGCAGGGCCGCCGCGGGGACGCGACGGAGGGUGUAGCGGCUUCCCCGGGAGAAGUGCCGGGCGCGGUACGUGCCAGCCCGGCUUCCGGUGCGGCGGCAACUCCGGCCUCGUCGCGGCGGCCACGGCUGCAGCCAGACAUCCUCGCACAGGCGGGGCGCAUGUCUCGACAGGGCUCGGGGCACGGCCCUUGGGCGAGGCCCGGGGCUGCGCGCGGGCGGCCCCCGAGAGGCGGACCUGGCUGGCCUCCACGGGCCUCGAGGCUACGCAGCCUGGCGCGGGCUCAGCACUCGGCCGCCGCCUCGUGCGACGUCCCCUGGCCCCGCGCCCUGGGGGCGGGGAGCUGAGGCUGUGCUCGGCUACCUCAACCGUGGGAGCUCGUCGAGGCUGGCCGGAGCUACCUCCCGGAGCUGCCUUGGCGCACCCCCGCGUGGAGCUCUUGCUUCUUUGGCGCUUCGACCCGUCCUGGGGCACCUCUGGAGAGCCAGGGGUAUGCAUGGACGUCCUUGCGCUUUUUGUUUCGAAUUUUAAAGGGAGGUGCUCGAGUGUGAUCUGUUCCGCUCUUUCUGUCACCACCAACACAGGACCAGGAGGUUCGGUGUGUAAAGCUAAGGGUUACAGAAGGAGGAGGAGGAUGAGACGGACCCAAUCGCCCUCGUCCUCCAAGCUGCCGCCUAUCCAGUCCUUCAAGGGGACAGGUAGGCUACAUCAGUUGCCUUCGUGACCUCCCCUAUGCGAGACUGUCAGCCCACUCACUUUUUUGAGACCGCUUUCCACCGACCACCGGGGCAACUGUAUGAGUGUGGCCGCCACCCUGCGGGAUCGCUGUAAGUGUGCCGCGCCAUCCCCAUGCAACGGGCUGGGGGGUGCUUUUCCCGUUCUCCUCGUGAGAUUGGACUUGAGCUCGUAUUUUUCUGCUCGAAGGCCAGCGCCCUCGUAUAUUUGUACGCUCGCGGGCUGAUUCACUGCAAUCGGUGCCGCGGAGACGGGACCGGUAAUUUACGCCCAGUGUGCCUCACAGCCUCUGAGUGUAGGAUCCCCUUUCAAGGUCUAAGAGGUCGUAAAACCUCCAGAAUCGCACUUCGGCCUUCCGUUCUGGAGGCUUUCUUUCCUCUCUCCUCAACAUCCCCCCCUCCUCUCUCUCUCUCU